AUGAUUCAGUUCUUUAACUUCAGCUUUUUAGUAGCUACUUUAAUUGGCUAUUUACCUUCCAAAAUAUACAGUUUACCAAUUACAACUGAGCCUUCAAUAAAGGAAUAUUCUAGGAAACCAGGCCUGCUAAAUGUUUCUAUCUCAGAACAUUGCUCAAGUGAGCCAUGUAAUUGCUGCUCUGAAAAGCUCCAAUCUAUGGCAUUAGACUAUGCAUCGAGAGCCAAUACUCCCGAAUGUAAAGAUUUUAUGAAAAAUUUGUUUUGUACUCUAGCUUGUAAUGAAGAGUCAGCUGAUGCAGGAUCUUUAUCUAAUAAUAUUAUGAUCAUGUUAGUUUGUGAGCAUGAGUGCUCAAAUAUUUUAUCAAAAUGUUCAAAGCCUAAAAGUAUUGAUACUAAUAUUAAAGAUGUUAUAAUACCUACUCUAAAUUCCAAUAAUACUUUAAAUACUACUAAUGGAACAAUUAAAGCUUUAACUUCUAAUAUUGACCUUAAAUCUAUCAAAUUAUCAUCUUCACUUAAUUAUAUAAGUAAUCAAGCUUCUAUAGGAGCAAGUGGAAUACCAAAUAUGCUUUCUACUAUAGGUUCGAGUAUUUCUAGCGAACCAUCUGAAUGUGCAGAAAUUUCGCUACCACCCAUGACUAUAAGUAAUUCUGCUCAAUACUCACUAGCAUUUAUUCAUGCAUCUAGUGACUCAAAAGUCUGCGUUACAUCUACUGGAGGGUUUAAUCUUCUAGUUGACCCUAUUGCUUCUACAAGCUUACUAACAGCUAAUAAUACAGCUAUAGUUACUUCAGGAUCUACUUUAACUCCACCAAUUAUCCUAACAGAUAGCAGUGGUAAAACAACUCAAAAUAUAGGACUAACUAUGGAAGAGUUACACUGUGGCUUUUGCUUUUCAAGGUGCUGUUGUUGGCCCGUCUGGAGUGGAUCUAUUAUUGCUUUUAUUGGAUAUAUUUUGAUUGCUUUUUUAGCAAUAUACUGGCAAUCAGGUCUUUUUUCUCAAGGUCUAAAAUCUUCUCACUUUUGGAAGGGAGGUGGCUACUGGCUUGCAGGAAGUGGAAGCCUUGGAAUAAUUGUUGGAAUGUUGGUUGGUGGUUUAGUGUCAUCUUGUAUUGCAGGAGCUCUUACUCUAGGUGGAUCCUUAUGUAAUCUUUUUAUGUCUAUUUUACUAGUUGGCAGGCUUGGAGCAGUUCUAGGAGCCCUUGGAGGUUUAGGUACAGGUGCAGUAAUUGGAAUAAUGGCUCACUCAGGAACUGUAUCAUGGGCUAUUGGCUUAUCACUAGGUUUUCUUCUUGGACUAGUUGUUGGUUUUUCACCAAUAGCUCGUUCUCUUAGAAUGAAUGAUAGGUUUAUUAGAAGAGGUAUCAGACAAAGGGAAAUGAGAAGGAGAAGCCGUUUAGGCCAGGGAAGCUACCACUCUGAUUUCUUUUCUGAAGGUUCUGGAACAGAUCACAAUAAAAAUAUUGCAACUGUACAAAGAUAUUCUUCCAGUGAUUCUCAUGAUGCUGGUAACAAUAUUGGUGAGUCUAGAAAUCCUAGACCUAGUAGUAGCAAUAGUGAUCUGCAAAGAUAACCAAAUAUGGUAUUAUACUUUGCUGUUUAUUCACAUAAUAAAUUUGCUAAAAUAUAAUUCUAUAUUUAGCAGCUACAAGUGAAGCAUUAUUAAAUUACAAGACAAUUACAUGGAGAAAGAUCUAGUGUCGACAAGAAACAAAUGUCUUUCCUAGAGAUAUACAGUAAAUUAUACCCUAACAUGAU